CACUGGCAUGCAGGAUUUUGCUACGAGGCCUUUUUAGAACGCCGGUUCACGUACAUCCCGAAACAAAAAUGGGGGCCGGUCCCUGGUUCUCUCCUUGACCCAUAUUGGCCAUCCCUGUUUAUGCCCGAGCGACGAGCCGGUCCUCACCAAAGAAGAUCUAGUGUUCUCACGUUUUGACUCCGGUAGUACGCAUGGUAGGUAGUGUUCCUACAUGGAAGUAGAAUAAGUGCAACGGUAGUUCAAGCAUCCCUAGAUAGGGAAAUUCGGGCCACAUGGCGGUGACAGCUUGAAACUGUUGCUUUUACAACCGCCAUCCCUAGGCGUUACCCUACAGCGUACUAAUACAAAUAUACUUAUGGAUUGGACUUUCUUUUCCUUUAUUUUUACCUCUGGCGUUUUACACUUUAUGUCGCCAGAUAUUAAGUAGUUACACCAUUUAAUCUUUUGUUAUUACUUACAUGGAAAGCGUUCGUUUAUACCUACCUACCCAAGUAACGUCAUCAUAGCAUUAUUAGUCAAUCUUGUGGUUUAAGUUUACAUCUAAAGGCUUAGCUAUUUUACCUACUUAUCACUUAUAUCUAUCUAUAUUUGGGAGAAUUCCUCAGUAGAUAAUGGCUCCGUCAAUUCCAUCGGUCAUCGCUAGGCCUUUCACUCGCGGUGCCGAUCUAGUUCGCGGAACUAUAGGAGGGUUGACCUGGGGUCCGGCCUUGGCCAUUGCCAAGCCGGCCGUUCUCUCCGUCUUUUCUAAGAUCACAGUCGGUACAUUGUUAUUAGUUGAUGAACCGGCAGGAACCAGACUGGUAUACGGCCAAAGGCUUACUUCUAAAAGCCCGGAAUCAACAAACGGAGACUACACAAUCAGGAGAGCUGACAUUAUUCCUCGGGUCGAAGUUAGGGUGAAGGAUGACGCUUUCUGGAUGAGAUUGCUCCUAUUUGCCGAUAUGGGAUUUGCGGAAUCCUAUAUGCUGGGUGAAUUCGAAUGCGCCGAUUUAACGGCCUUCUUUCAACUCUUCAUCGUGAACCGAGAUCAAUUGAGCAAUGGAAUUACGUUGUUCUCUUCCAUCUCUGGCGCAAUCUCAAGUAUUGCGCGAACUACAAAUACCUUGUCAAAUGCACUCUUAAAUAUCUCCGCCCAUUAUGAUAUUAGCAAUGACAUGUUCGCUGCCUUUCUCUCGGAAGAUAUGACUUACUCAUGUCCGAUCUGGCAGCCACGGCUUUCUCAUGCGGAGCCAGAAGAGACUCUCAUGGCAGCGCAAAUCACGAAACUUAACAGAUUCAUCGAUGGCACCCGAAUAAAACCGACUGACCAUGUCCUUGAGAUUGGAACAGGCUGGGGAUCUUUUGCUAUCCAAGCAGUAAGAAAGACGGGAUGUCGAGUGACGAGCCUAACGCUAUCAAAGGAGCAGAAGGCACUGGCAGAAGAACGAAUCGCAGAGGCAGGGUUUUCAGGCCGGAUAGAUGUUCAACUACUAGACUACCGGAAUUUACCAGAGACUGCGACAUACGAUAAGAUCGUCUCCAUAGAGAUGCUGGAGGCGGUCGGUCAGGAGUACCUGAGCACCUACUUCACGUGCAUUGAUCGGUUGCUAAAGAAGAAAGGUGGUAUUGCCAUGUUCCAAUGUAUCACGAUGCCCGAGGGAAGACAUGAAGCAUACUCUAAAUCCGAAGAUUUCAUAAACAAGCACAUAUUCCCGGGCGGAUACUUACCCUCUAUCACUCAACUACUUAAUCACAUCACAAAGGAGUCAAAGGGCACGCUGAUCGUGGAACGAGUCGAGAAUAUCGGUGGCCAUUACGCUAAAACUUUACGGCUGUGGAAGGAAAAGUUCAUGACGAACUUCGAGUCUAAGAUUAGGCCGGCCUUGAAGGAGGAGCAUCCGCAGAUGACACAGCAGGAGAUCGAUGUUUUCAGGCGGAAGUGGGAGUACUACUUUACGUAUUGCGAAGCUGGGUUUGUCACGAAAACGCUGGGCGAUGCCAUUAUUACGGUCGGCAGGGAAGGCGCUAUGGAGUUGAUGGAAGAUAUCCCCGUUUAGUCAGGUCGAGGUUGAGGGUUCAUAGGUAGAGGGUGUAUAGAAGAGUGUUAUUCUUAUGAUAAAUGGGCCAAGUUUGCGUUUCUUACGACUGCAUGAAGCGGAG